AUGGCAGAAAUUCCUAAUGAUAUAUUUAACUCCUUAAAAGAACUAAAAAUACUUUUACUUAAUAAUAAUUCAAUCAGUUCAAUUGGUGACGAAAGUUUUAUAAAUUUAAAUAAAUUAACGUAUUUGGAUUUAUCAGCAAACAAGAUAAAUGAAAUUCCUGAAAAAGUUUUCGAUUCAUUAAAUAUUUUAAACAACAAUUCCAUUAGAUUAGUUGAUGAUGAAUCUUUUUCUAAUUUAGGCAAUUUACAAUAUUUAGAUUUAUCAGUAAAUAAUAUUACUGAAAUUCCAGAUCAAUUGUUUAAAUUAUUAGCCAAUACUAAUAAACAGAAUAUAUUUAAUGAAUUUUGUUUUGAAAUUCCAACAGUAUCUGAUUUUUUACAAUCGAAUAAAAUUCAUGAAAUUGAUCCCGAAGCUUUUCGUUCCUUGAUUGACUUAAAAUCUUUAAAUUUAGGCCAUAAUUUGUUAGAAAUUUUACCAACAGGACUAUUUACAAGUUUAAAAAAUUUACAAGAAAUUAAUUUAUCUGCUAAUAAAUUAAAAAUAUUGCCAGAUAAUAUAUUUUUAAAUUUACAAUCACUAAGAUCUGUUAAUUUUGAUUUUAAUAAUUUACAUUAUUUAUCUCCGUUGGCUUUAAAAAAUAGAUUUAAUUAUCAAUCAUAUAAUGGCUAUAUUCCAAUUUGUGUUGUUACUAAUUUUGGAACAUGUAUUGAAAAUCCAAAUUUAGAUGUAGAUUCAGAUGCAUUUCAGCAGCAUUUAAAUGUUUAUUAUCGUAUUAUUAACUUUACUCCUGAAAUGAAUUUGGAAUCUCAACAACUGUAUGAAAUAAUUGUUUGA